CUACUAUCGGCCUCAAUGUUCAGCAGGGUAGCUGUUUUGAACUUUUGGAUAUAUGGAAGCUUGCUGUGAAUCUCAUGGUUUAUGACUUAUAACUUGAAUUGAUACGUCGAUAUCCGUCAAUAUCUAUUAUUAUUUUAAGCGUUGAUCUUGUUACAAUACCACUCGAUUGCAUUCGCGCAAACCUCCCACGUUUUGAAUCAUGAAUUCAUUUAACUUGUUCUGCUAUGCCACAGCAGGCUGGCUAGCUCUGCAGGCGACGCCAUUGAUUAUAUCUCCUCGCAUCAUAGUUGCGCUUCUCUCCAACGACAUCCACCAGCCAAACUCUCUCGAGACCUACUUUGCCCGGUUCCUUGGUCUCACCCUCAUACCCUUCGCCAUCCUGUUUCUGUUCCUAAGCGGCGCUUUCCCCCUUGAUGGUUCUAGCUCACUUUCUGAACCCGAAGACGCCCAAACGACGCCAUACACUACUCCCACUCUCCUCCUGGCAGGUCUAUACCAUACUUCGAUAAGCUUCUACACAUAUUCACGCUACGUUCAACGAUCUACGUCGCAGUUCUCGUAUCUGCUAGCUGCCACGGUAUCCGGACUCUUGGCUGCUCUCGGGCUGUGGUCCACAAUGUUUGGAAAUGGUAGCCAUAUUAGCAAGAGAACUGGGGCAGACAAGAGGACAAGCGGAUGGCCAUUCAAGAACACUGUGGAGACAAAGAGGAGGAAGGGAAAGGGGAGGCAGGAGGAGGGGAUCGAGCUCAAGGAGUUGUAAUAGAUCAUAUAUGAGAGCUGGAUGUUUAGUAUGAGAACAUACAAUCAAUAGUGAGCAAUGAAACCACAGUAGUUAGUUGGCACCGAGAUUUUUUGAGCGAUAACUAGCAAUUUAUUUGAAGAAUCCUGUACAGGAUAAGCCAUCGAAAGCCUCGUGGCUAUCUCGUGGGGUUUGGUUAGGCCUAGCUGGGCGAAGAUGGUGUAGCACCGUCAGUGAGACAUGUCUUAGAGUGGCUGGCGGUUGCUUCCGCUAAUAGAGACACACUACUUGUGUAGGGCCACACGAUCAAAUCCAUCGUAGCUGCUUCAAAUACGAGCAGCGAAAGUCAUAUGUGGCAUUCAUAUUCGUGUAAUAUUACAUACUUUUUGGAUCA